GUUACACUUUUUAAUAAUCAAUUUUAACAAAAUCAAACACUUUCGGAACAGACCCGGGAUCCCGAAGUACAAAACAAGAUCACGGAAAUCCCGAAAUUUUACAUCCCUAGUACAUGCGUAAGAAUACUUACCGCGCUCUUACAUUCUUUUGGACAUAUUUUAAUUAGUUGAAUCUUAACUGGUAACAGAUUUCAUCAAACAAACAAAAAAUAAAAAAAGAAGAAUAAUCUUCAAAAAUAAGAAUGCCCUCAGCAGUAAAUUUUGUGAUGGAAAGAAUUUCGCAAAAGAUUAAAGAAAAUGGUAAAACAAAUAAACAUAAGUCAAUACGUGCGUAUGUAUUUAUAUGAAGUGGAAAGGGUCGCUUGGGAAAUGCCACUAUCCCGAAAUUGCGUGCAAUGAGCCAAACCGGUUGACGGAAAUAAACAUAUUAAAUUUAAGUUUUGUUGAUUUUGGGGGAGGAAAUGCAUUACAAAUAAAAAUAAAAACUGCAUGCGCGCCUCUACUUUAAAAUGACAAGAAUUUGCAAUAUACGUGGAUCGUAAACAAAAUCCGUACAUAUAUUUUUAUGUAGAUGCGUUUGCCAAGUAAUGUGUGGAUGGUUAGAAAUGUGGGUAUAUAAAGAAGUGGUAAGAAGUUUAAGUUGCGUGGUGUAUAAAGACUGCAACGAGACGUAGCUACAGAUCUUUCAACAGACAACGUUUACCAAGAGCGCACGCGUGGAAGCCAGUUGGCGGUUGAAAAUUCGAACAAGAAAGAAAGUAUUUUUUUGUUUUUGUUUUGAAUAAAAACAUAAAAUGUUUUUCAAUGUGAUUAUUCUCACGACUUUACUGAGUGCUGGUUUUCACUCCACCACAUCCUAUACGGUGCCAUUCCAAGUGCUAGGUGUACAGCAAGUUAACCCUAUACCAACAUUUGAAGAACAAGUGGCCCUUUGGUCUGCUCACCAGCCAGUGGACAAUUCUGUGCACCACAGCGAUGAAGGAUUACCAUUUCAUUUGCAGCAAAUUGACGCAAUCGCAGACUUUGAUAAGGAACAACAAACCAUACAUGCCCAAUCGGGUGCACAGCAAAUUAACCCCGUACCCACAUUUGAGGAUCAAGUGGGCAGUUGGUCUCCCAACCAGCCAGUGGACAAUUCUGUGCACCACAGCGAUGAAGGAUUACCAUUUCAUUUGCAGCAAAUUGGCGCAAUCGCAGACUUUGAUAAGGAACAACAAACCAUACAUGCGCAGUCGGGUGGAGUGGAUAAAGUUCAUGAACAACAACAACAUCCCACUUCACCAGCUUUAGCGCCAGCUGCAGUACAACCCAGCCAUGAAGAUGGUGCUGAAGUGGAAGAAUAUGCUGGGUAUUUCGCACCAUUCUACGAGGAUCAAGUCACUGUUUUCCCCCAAAUGGAUGAGAGCGACUCUGACGAAGAACAAGAAGUUUGGCCACCCGUGGGAAUAUAUCCUCCACCACCACCACCGCCAGUCAGACCCACAUAUUUCCCACCGUAUUACCCUGCACAACAUCCGGUGACAAAACCACCAACACGGCCAACAACAACUCGUCCAACAAUUCGCCCUCGACCACCCACUUACCCUUCACUGUAUCCUGAAUAUCCAACAUCGCACCCUAAACCUCCAUACUAUCCACAAUACCCAUUAGAACCAUUGCCACAGUAUUCGACUACUACCCAGCGCCCUCCAUACAUCACGACGACGCCAAUCUAUCAGAAGCCUGGUGGCGAAGAUGUUGCUGUGUUGGAAAAUUAUCAAGUCAUUUCCGAAAAGGGCAUUCAGGAAUAUAAAUUGCGACUAAGUAAUGGAUUAACUGAUUAUAAAAAGAUAACGAAGAAACAUAUUGGCAAGAAAACAAUUUAUGUGCAAUCUGGUUACUAUUCGGUGCCGGUGGAUCCAACGAAAAACAAGUUCAAUUUGAUUCAUUAUAUUGCCGAUGAGAGGGGUUAUCGUGUUACUGGAGUGCAAAGUUGCUCAAAUGAACACCCGUGUAAAGUUGUAAAUGAAUAAAAGGAGGAGGAGUCCAGUAUUAAAUCAAUCGAUCCUUUUUACAAAUUGUACCUAUAUAUAAGUAUAUAAAUGUAUUGAAUAAAGCAUGUGUAAGCAUUAA